AUGGCAAAGAUAGAUGUGGAAAUUCCGGGCACCGUCACUGUCAACGUCGAAUCCAGGUGGCGCGUGCUGCACAGAGUGCCGAUAUACAUGCGAAUGGACAUGAAGCAAAUUUACGACCCCCUCGGCCCGUACCACGACCGCCUGACUCCACAGCUGCAGCUGGUGGAGCCGCUCAAGGAGGAGAUACUAGUUCUGUUUUGCGGAAGCGCUGCCCGCAAAAGCUUCCUUCUGUGCGAGGUCCGCGAGCGGAUAGGUGAAAUCAGGCAUUUCUACGGCGGAGCAGGAGCCAGCAAGUUCACCAACACUGAGCUCCACCUCCCUUCCUUCUACUUCACUAGCAAUAGCAAAGUAUUCUUCUCCAAUCUCAUUGCUUUUGAGAUGUCGCCACAGGCAAAUACAGAAUAUGGCGUGACGUCUUACUUUCAUUUCAUGAAAACGCUGAUCGACAAGCCUAAAGAUGUAAAGGUGCUGCGGAAGAAAGGUAUACUCUACAGCCGGUUGGCUAAGGAUGAAGAGGUGGUCGAGAUGUUUAAAAGCAUCGAUACUUAUGGAUACUCGAACGAUAAGCUUUUAUAUAACGCGAAGAAAAGUAUUGAGGAGCACUACAACAACAAAGCGAGGACGUGGAUGGCCGACCUCAUCAACACCAAGUUUCGGAGCCCAUGGAGUGUUAUAGCUCUUGCCGCCGCCACUAUUCUACUUGGCCUCACUUUUCUACAAACAUACUACACAAUGCAGCCACUCCCCCAAACUCCCUAA